AUGUCUGGAGUUGAUAUCAAGCCCGCCGGGUGGAAGUUCGUCGAGGUCGGACGAGUGGUCACCAUCCGUUCGGGACCAUUCGACGGCAAGCUGGCGACCGUGGCUGAGAUCAUUGAUCCUGGAAGAAUCCUGGUCGAUGGACCCUCAACGAAAGAAGGCGAAGUCGUUCCCCGUCAAGCUAUUGCAACCAGCGCAGUCUCCUUGACACCCUGGGUCAUCCCCAACCUGCCUAAGGCCGCUGGCACCGGGGCCAUUAAGAAGCUCUGGGAGAAGCACGAGGUCGACAAGAAGUGGGCCGAGUCAUCUUGGGCUAAGAAGAGAGAACAACAAGACAGGAGGAGAAACCUGACAGACUUUGAACGUUUCAAGGUGAUGAGACUGAAGAAGCAGCAACGAUUCGAGACACUCAAGGCGCACGCUAAGAUUCGAGCGACGGCAAAGGCAUAG